AUGACGGAUUAUGCAAAAGCCUUCCAAAUGCUCUUUCAGAGCCCUUUGGAACCCAUUUACACAUGUCGCGACAAUGGCAGGUGUAUUUUCGAGUUACCGGAUUCCCAUUAUAUGGAGUGUGACGGCGGCGUAAAGGAAAUGUUGCAGGAACGUUAUGCGAAUAGCCAGCACAUAAGGUUCGCCUUGCAGGAGCUGCCGUCAAAGCCAGAUCUGUCCUUCGCUGAUAAAUUGAGUGUGAAACAAAACUUUUCUCUCUUCAAUACGCUGCAUAAGGAAAUUGCAGGCAAGCUCAUCAGAUUGCUGAUGGAAGCUGAGGAUUUAGAUAAUUUCCUCAGCUUGUGUGUCUAUAGCAGACAUCGUUUGAAUGCUAUGCUCUUCCAAUAUUGUUACUCGGUUGCUUUGCUACAUCGCCGAGACACACGUGGCAUUUGGGUACCGCCAGUGGCCGAGAUCUUUCCAGCGAAUUUCAUAGAGCCCUCAGCAUUUACAAAGAUGCGUAAGGCUUUGGAGUUUAAAGGCAAUAAAAAGCCUCACGUACAAAUUCCCCAUAACUAUACCGCCUCCGAUCGUGAAAUCGAACAACGUUUGGCAUAUUUUCGUGAAGACAUUGGCGUGAAUAUGCAUCACUGGCACUGGCACUUGGUUUAUCCAAAUAGCGGUACACGUGAGAUCAUCAACAAGGAUCGGCGCGGUGAACUCUUCUACUAUAUGCAUCAACAGAUUUUGGCGCGUUACAAUGCCGAACGCUUUAGCAAUAAACUAGCCAAGGCACUGCCGUUAAGUAAUCUACGCGAACCCAUCGAAGAGGGUUAUUAUCCGAAAUUGUUAGACCAUGUCCAUCAGCGCACCUAUCCGGGACGUAGCAGUAAUUUGUGUUUGCAAGAUGUGAACCGCGAGGAUACAGCGGUCGAGAUUGCCGAUAUGGAACGUUGGGCUGAUCGCAUCUUAGCGGCAAUCGAUCAGGGUUUCGUUAUAGAUUCGCAUGGCAACAAGUAUCAACUGGACGAGGUCACCGGCAUCGAUAUACUGGGCAAUAUCAUUGAGGAAUCCGAUCUCUCCAUCAAUGUGCAAUACUACGGAAAACUGCAUAAUAUGGGUCACAAUUCAAUUGCCAGCAUACACGAUCCAGAUCAUCGGCAUAUGGAGGAGUUCGGCGUGAUUGGACACAAUAUGACCGCUAUGCGUGAUCCGGUCUUCUAUCGCUGGCACACAUACAUAAAUAAUAUAAUGUUGAAAUUCAAAAGACUGUUACCUCCCUACAGUGAGCAACAGCUCAGCUUCAGCGACAUCAAUUUGCGAGAAAUUGAAGUUAGGACGAGCUCAUUGAAGGAACCGAAUCAUUUUGAGACCUUUUGGCAAAACUCCGAAGUUGACUUGGCGGCCGGUUUGGAUUUUACGGCAGAUAGCGGUUUACAUGCCUCGUACACGCAUCUCCAACAUGCACCUUUCGAGUAUUGCUUUGUGGUUGAGAACAACAGUGAGCAUGUGAAAUGCGGCACUUGUCGAAUUUUUCUCUGCCCCAUAAAGGAUGAUCGUGGAAAGCUCCUAAAGUUGGAGGGACAGCGCUUGUUGGCAAUUGAAUUGGAUAAAUUUACCGUUAAGCUUUACCCUGGCGAAAACCAAUUGAAGCGGCUUUCUGUGGAGUCCUCCGUCACCAUUGAUGUUGAGCGCACCUUUGGUCGCACCACCAAUAAGGACGCACUGUCCGAAGCGAAUCCGGAGCUCAAUACGCGUCUGCACUUCUGCGGUUGCGGUUGGCCACAUUAUAUGCUGUUGCCUAAAGGUAAAAUUCGUGGCAUGCGAUUUGAUUUGUUUGUCAUAAUUUCGGAUUAUGCCGACGAUGCGGUCCAGCAGCCGGGCCAGACAAGUGAUUGCCAUAACUGUGAAGGUGUACCUAACGAAGUGUUUGAUGAGAAUUCCACACUAUGCAAUGACAAUGCGGCUUCCUUCUGCGGUCUGCGUGACAAAUUGUAUCCGGAUAAGCGCACGAUGGGCUAUCCUUUCGACAGACGCUUGCCAGCUGAUACCCUUAAUGGACUUGUGGAACAGUUUGGAAAUAUGCAAAGAAUUGACGUCACUAUCACAUUCAAUGACGAGGUCAGAUCAACCGCCGACGAAGUGGAUUUAACUGCAGAAGAUAUCAGUGAUUUAAUAAGAUAG